CCCGGCCUGCGCCCGCUGAAGCGUCGCCGAUCGUCAAUGUCGCGUCAAGCCAGUUCCGACCGAGUUGCAUCGGCAUGCGACUCGUAUUUCCACUUGCCCGCGAAGGGCAGUACUUCGCCGAAUGGUGUCGGUAGCCGAUCAAUAUCGGGUGUGCGGUUGGAUGCAACGCAAGACCCUGCCCUCUUGCCUCCAUCCCCGCUCGAUCUACCCCCCAGCUCUAGUUCCCUCGCGGCAUCUCGUGCCACUACUCAAAUUCAGGUUUCUAGUAGGGGGUGACUGAGGAGUUAGAAGUGCGCAGGCAACCGACUUCGUGCCAAUCCACCCAAUUUUCAUGUUCGCGUCUCUCAUCUCGAUUGGGCAUUCGGUUGUGUUUGCACAUAGUGAUUGACUGUAAUAUCUUCUUGUAAAUUAACUUAUGGGCCGUCGCCAAGAGGAGAGACAUGUACGAUAUGGUAGUGUUUUAUAUUAGUAUAAUGAUCAUGCAUGGUAUAUGGGAGAACUGUGCCAAC